CCUGCUGUACAGCGUGAAAUCGAUAAUCUUCACUGCAGCCGUGUAAGCGAAAAUGGGAAGAGAUAGAAAGCAGAACAGCUGGCAGUGAAGUAUUGUAUUUCUCUUACUUUAACACUUAUCAAACUUUACUGGAUGUGUUACUAAAGUUUGAGCGACAAAAGAGUAAAAGGCGAGUCUGAAUGAGACAGUUACACCCACCGCUGCUCACAAGACUGCGGCAUGUGAUAUCGAUUAGAGUAACACACAGGAUUACCGUCUGCUGCCAUAGCUCUGUUUCUGCUCUGACUGCUGGACGAGAGAUGGAGGAGAAGCUGAAAUAAACAUUUGAAGCCUGUUGUUGAAGGACAGGAGAAGUCAAGGUAAGAUGAUUGACCACAGGGAAGAACUCAGGAGCCAAGAUAAAGUUUGUUUUACUGCCUGUAAAUACAGAUAAAUCUUCGUUUACCCAUCAAGGGUGGUCCUUUUGCACUAUUUUCUACUAUAGAAGUACUCUGAAGUUAAAAUGCUCAUUAACCUUGUUUCAAUCAUUGCCAGGUUUCUUACUGGAUGAACCUGCAUCUACCAAAUGGUGGACUUCACUCCUUUUCAACUUUUCAACAAGCAGAGGAAGCAGAAAGUUGAUACCUGAUCAUUUAUAUAUCCUGGGCUGACCAGAGGAGGACCAAACAUGGUGCACGUCUACAACUGCCAUCCCUUCUCCUCACAGCAGAUAGUUCAGGUACAUGGAUGGAUUAGCCUGGAUUUAUGAUGAUCCAGAUUUUACAGGUCUGCACUCAUGUCUGUCUCUCUGUCUGUCUCAGGUGGAGCAGGAGCCUGGACUGGUCUGUUGUGGAGGUGGAGCUCUGUUUUUGGUGGCUACAGGAGGAUGCAAGGUUACAUGGAAAUAUGCACAUUCUUAAACUAUAUUGAAUUUACUGUCCCAUUAUUCUAAAUUGAUAAAGAUGACAUAGCCAUCUCUAACCAUUUCAUGCACUCCCUCUGCCCUGAUUGACAGGCCACUGUGAUGUUACACUUUAAAUAGACUUGAUAGUGUCUGGUUCUGUCUGUCAGUAAAUAUUUGUAUGGAUGUAUAUAUUAUAUUGUACAUUGAUACUCAAUAACUAGGAAGUAAUUUGUUACAAACAGAAGUUUUCUGUAGGAUACUUACUGGCUUGUAUUAUAAUGUGUUAACCUGAACAUAGGUGGAGGCUUACAGUGUGGUACAGGAGGGCUGCCCUCUCAUAUGUCGCUUUGCCACCAUGGGCACCGUGCGGAACAUCCAGCACAGCAAGAUAGGUAAGAGCUUUCUCUGAACCUUCAAAAACAUCCACUCGAGUAUUUACAAGCAGUACUGAAGCAGUUAUACAACAUGAAUCAUAUCUGUUACUUGUUCAAGACAGUCAGUGAGGGAUUUAUGGAUUAAUAACAAACAUGAGCUGAAUAUUUUUGCUUAAUGUCUCCUCUGCACACUGACGUUACAGGAGAUUACCUGGUGACCAUUGAAGAGAAGAACAGCGCCACCUACCUGAGAGCCUACACUAACUGGCGCUACCAGGUACACAUUGACCAGCCACAAGUACACCAAUAUGUGACUUUAAUUAAGGUCAUAUUAUAAGUUUGGUAUGACGAGUGAGAGGAUAAGGAGAACAGAGACUUAUAUGAACAUAAUUAAACCAGAAUAUAGGUUUAGUACCAGAGAAGAAACACCUGGAUGAACAGUCAAGUACCACACCUCUCAUUGUAAUUUCCCUGUGUUCAGGCAGAGGAGAAGGCCCGUGUUGGAGUGCGUUUGCUGGGACACCUGCUGCGUGGAGCGUCUGUGCGGGGCGGGGUGCAGAUGGAGAUCAUCGAGAUACCUCUGUCAGAGCGUCCUGUCGCUGUGGCGUGCUGCUCAGUAACAGGAGACCUUCUGGUCGGCUGUGAGAACACUCUGGUUCUGUUCACUUUGAGGAGACAGAACCAGCAGAGCCUGGUAAGAACACAGCCUUUUCUGUCAGUUUAUACUCCUCUGUAGCUCUGCUAAAUAUAGAAACAGUUAUUUUUGAUUGUGUUUGUAAGUUUGAUUUGCUUUAGAGUUAAAAGUGUUUGCCCCUUUGGCUACAGAAGCUAUCUCAGAGUAUGCUGAAUAUAUAUUUUCCCAAGCCACUAUUACUGGUUCACAUGAUAUUAAUUUUAACCAUGGCUUUAAGGUUUUAACUAAAAGUAUGAAGACAUUCUCAAACAUUAGCGUCAUCUCUUUCUUAAUAUGCUCAGUGUGGCUGUAAAUAUUUCUUUCUCUGGAAAAUCACAGCAGAGUCAGAGUCAGCAGAUUGUUCAGAGCACCUGGCCAAACACUCAGCAGAGCCCCAGUCAGAGUCAAGGUAACUUUAUCCUGUAAUUUUAGGCAAUCUAUCAAGAUCCUACAGCAACAUUUCAGACUCAUAAACCAUCCUCUCCUCCUCUUUUUAGGUCAAACUUCGAGUUCAAACCAGACUAUUUCCAUCCUGGAUUUUGAACGCUCAGUUAUCCUGCAUCUCCCAAUACUCAAGCCCAAACAGGUACUUUCAAACACUUCUUCACUUUUAUUUCCCAUUCUCUUUGUAUUUGUUUCCUCUUUGUUAUUCAAUCCAAAAUAUUAAAUCGUAAUCUGGACCUUUGGUGAAUCUUCCUCUGCCCUCUAGGUGGCGCUGUGUGGAGGAUAUGUGGCAGUGCGGACAGAGCUGGAGGUUCUAGUCCUGAAACUGGAUGCAUCCACAGAACCUCAAGUCCUGGAAGAGUCAACAGACACAAGUAAAUGUUACACAAAGCUGCCCACACAGCUUACAUAUUUAUGAUGGCUCUUAAGACCCAGUAGCAUAGUGACACUUUAUUUUAUUGGAUUUUAUUUUAUUCUUUUUUAUUGCUUUUUACAGUUUUUAUUUAUUCAUUUUUAUUUUUUAUGUGUUGUAAAGCACUUUGUUUCACCGGAAGGCUUGUUGUAAAGGGCUGUAUAAAUAAAGAACAUUUACAUUUACAUUUACAGCUGUAUUUGUACCUCAAAUUAGAGAAAAGCAUUUGUUCUCUCAGUGACUUUUAGGUCUCUGACAGAAAGUUUGGAGUCUUGAGUUUUUAAUCAUUUCACAACAUGUGUAACAAGAUUUUAGGCUCUACUUGUACAGAAACAGUCUCAUAAUGUAGCUACUUUAUCUAGUUAUUGCUUAACUUUGAGUGAUGUAUGCAUCUGUAUUUUUUUGUGUGUGCAGCAGACCCUCAAGAAGACCCCACUGACUUUCUGGUCGUGUCGAUACACCAGGAGCUGCUCGGCGAUCGAGCCAAAGACUGCGAAAUCCCUGUCAGCAUCGAAAAGACAGGGCUGGAGGACAGAGGACAAUACAGUCUCACAUAUGUCCUCUUUAGGUGUGUGUGUGUGUGUGUGUGUGUGUGUGUGUGUGUGUGUGUGUGUGUGUGUGUGUGUGUUUGGGGGUGUGUGGGGGUGUGUGUGUGGGUGUGUGUGGGUGGGAAGAUUAGUGAAAACCUUUAUUCCAAACAGUGAGUGAAGUUUUUCAAAAUAAAACAUCGUCUUGUCCUGCAGGCGCUUUAGUCCAGACUACUUCCAGGGCUGCAGUGAGGAUGAGACACACCUCCACUCCCUACAGCUCUACCCACUGUUUACAAGUUGGUGUUUUCGUUUAGCUAUCAUGAAUUUAAAAAGCUUCAGAAAAACUAUGAAGUGUUGUUAGACGUCUCUGUUUCUGUCUUUCUCUCUCAGGUAACCAGACAGUGUCUGUGGAAGAACCAGCGUGUGUGUUCUGCUUCUUCUCCCUCCCCACCACAGGCUACUUGUACAGUCUGAAGGGUGGUGUGGAGCUUCUCUCAGCCUAUCAGUAUCCAGAGAAGGUCUUGGAGGCGGUGCUCACAGACCACCUGUUGCAUGUCAUCACAAAGUACGCCUUUGGUCUUAGUUUGGAUAAAUUACAUCCUUUCUAACUGAGAAUAAUACAGCAUAAUCACAGAAUUUAUUUAAAUAGACAUCACUCAUUACAAAUAACUAUUUAAAGCUGCACAAUUGGGUUGUUUGAUGUAAAAUAAUGUAUGAUUUCUGCAGCAGGAUUAAUUCAGGCAGGCCACAAAAUCAGACAUCAGCUGAUCCUGAUACCAGAGCAUACCAGCUGACAGCUCAGUAGAUUAACUUAAACUGCUUCAGCCUACCAACUCCUCCUAUUUCCCCUGCACACCACUUUGCCUCCACCCUAGUUUCGCCUUUUGAAGCAGUGUCUGAUCAUUAAAGUGUCACAUGUGUUGUCAAUGAUACUUGUUCUGUUUCGUUCCCUUGGGGGUCUUUGCUGAUGCUCUCCCUGCCUUGUCUUUUCACAUACACUCAUGAAACAGAGGGAUGGUGUGCUCUCUCAGUCACAGACUUUGGCAUUUCACAUAUGCAUGCAGAAGGGCAGGGAGCUCUCAGUACAGAUCCACACCGCUAUAUUUAACUCACUACAUGAAAAUGAUUUAUUCUGUCUGAUGGAGGGUUUUAUUUUGACCGCUGUGUCUCUCUGGUAGGAAUGCUCUGCAGUGUUUCACAGUGCGCUUGGCUGCUGUUGCGGCCAGGAUUGAAGACCCUUACAUUGAUACCACCAUGAAGGUACAAUGUGCUUAUCAAUGUAAAAGGGAAGUUAGUCCACUCUAUAUGUAUUAAUCUUAAUUUAAGAGCCUGAAAAAUGGUAGAUAUGUGCUGUAUUUCAAACGUUUUUACGCUUAAGCUCGACAUCAGGCGGCUCUUACCUUUAGCGUUAUAACCUUUAACCUAAUCUUGUGCACGGGGUGCAUUAAAACUUUAAGAUACAAUAAGCUCUGUAUAUAUAUAUAAUUAUGUUUUGCACCUUUAAAAUGAUGUUUUUGUGGGUUUGAAGGCCUGUCCGCCCUCAACCCUGGAGGUGUGCGCGCUCAGGAUGCAGCUCUUCAUUGGUCUGCGGUCGGUGUGUGUUUACCGCCGCCAUGUUAUCCUGCUCUCCACUGCUGAUGCAGAGACACCCGAGGAGACAGAGCGCAACGCACAGCGCAGGGGCCUGUAAGUCGCACACAAAUGCACACAAACACACACAUAUGCAGAGGAUACAAACACGUUCUUUUAUCAUCAUACACCUCCCUGCAGGCACCAGAUUACUCAGCUGAUGUGAGUGCAGGCAUACAUACAUUUAUAAACCUGUUUACUGUGUGUGUGUGUUGUUGUUGUAGCGAGUUGAAAGAGCACAACAUGCUGACUGGUAUUUUCCUGGCGGUGGGAAUCGAUCCCGCAACCACGCCAGCUCUGGAGAGCCUUCUAUCACGCCCCUUCCUGUAAGACAACCCCAAACCCCCCCCCCCCCAACCCCCAUCCCUGUGUCUGUUCUGUCGUUUGGAGGCCAAACUUCCCUCGUAAUACUCACAAGAAACCCUCAAAGUACUUACAUAAGAGAGUGAUUGUAACCAAAUCUUUAGAUCAGCCCUGAUUCAGAGCGGAAACAUCGAUUGUUUGGACACUUCAUCACUUUUUGAAUUUCAGAGAAUCAGGCUGACUCAGCCUUUUUUAUGUUUCAUCAUUUAAAGCAAAUCUACAGCCUGGUUUUAAACACAGUAUCCAUUUUUUUGUUAUUGUCAAACUUGUGAAUAAAAGUGGACACAAGUUUAGCAUUUAUCAAGAUCAGACUUGAUGUUUGUAGGAGAAUUAAAGCUGGUAUUCGAUUUAAGGAAAGAGGAAAAGAUAACUUUUUUUACAACAACAAAUGACCUCGUUAGAAAUCUUUCAUCAAAUUAACCAUCAAACAUCAAUUUUACUUCACUGAUCCAUCGAUAGUAGGAACAUCCUCUGUUUCAGUCACUCACAUGUCUAACCAUAACCUUCCCUCACAGUGUGUGUGUGUGUGACUUUUUGCUCACAAACUAAUCCUGUGUUUGGAUUUUACUCACUAACUUCGCUCUCUUACUUGAUGUGACAGGUGUCUAGUUUCUCAUCACACAUGCAUUCACACACCCCUGUCAACAUCAAGAAGUCAAUUCAAGGAUUCAGCAUCCUUGAAAAGUUUAGCUUUCUCUGAGAGUGCUGGCAGGUGAUGUUGGACCCCCCGGUUUCCACAUAUGAUCGAUGGUCAAAGAUAAACAGACACACAGGAACAUGGUCCUGAGGUUCAUCUCAUAUGUUCACACAAAACCCCAGGGUAUUUUGUGCCAUUUUAACCGGUGCACUCACAGUUCACUAACUGUUUGUUGUAUGUAAAUUUUAUAAUGCUGUUUUUCACUCAAUAUCCAAGAAGAUGGUAAAUAUUUACAACCCCAUGUUCGUAAGAGCUGGUGCACAAAGUAAAGUUCGGUUAAAAUUGAAUUUUUUACUCUACAAAUAAUUUGAAGCCUAUAUUUUAAAAACAACAUGUCAAAUGCUGAAAUUGAAUAUUUUUACGCAGUGUCCCAGUUCUUGAGAAAUUGGGGUUGUACUUAAGUUUCUGGUCUUGACUGGAAAUAUAAGGAUGAAGAUGAAGAUCCCGCUAAAACAGGAGUGGGUAUUUUAAUAGUUUUAACAUUUUCAUUCCUUGAUAAUUCAUAGCUGCAAUUUCACACUAAAUUUGAGGUUUUUGAAAACCGAAUCCCAAAUUUUCCAGACUCCAGACCUCUUGCAUGCUAACAUUUUUACUCAUCGUUCUCUAGAGUUGACAAUCACUGAAAAAAUGACCAAAUCACUAGUUUUUGAGAUGAACAUAGAGCAGCUUGUAGCUCAGUCUCUGCCAGAGAUCAUUUCUGUAUUUUAACUUUUUUUUGUUACCCCUCUGUUUGACUUUUGACCUCAGGGGCAGGAAGUGGCCGCUGUCUUCUCCAAAAGGAGUCAGCGCAACGGGACACGGAUGGAACAUCUACGUGGUCGACACCGUGUCCCCGCUCACUCUUUACCAAGAGAUGGUAACAGAGACACACUUAGACUGUCUAAAUUUGACAUGUGUAUUUCCAGCAUUGAUGUGAUGGUUAAAUGAUAAAAACCUGAAUAAGAACGGCUGUAAAAAAGUUAGAAAAUCAGCAAAUGAAUAUCUCACCUUUGGUUUGCAUUCUUAUUCUAAAGUAUAGACUGUCUUUGUUAACGUGCUGUCUGGGUCUGUGUGUGUGUCAGGUUGAAUACAGCCAGCGUUACGCAGAGUCAAACCCACAGGCUCAAAGCCUUCGUCACCUCCUCAGCGAGGCUCACCUCCUCCUCCGAGCCUCUUUACUCCAAACAGCAGAGCAGCUCCAGGACAGCGAGGACUACCUGGUGGUGUCUCUGCAGAGGGACGGACCCGCAGAGAGACCCACAGCUACACAGGCCGACACUCAAGAGCUGGAGGAGGCUCUGAGGCAGAACUGUGCUCAGCUGGGGGACUGUUUCAGCAGGUGAUACCUGCCGCUGCUGGUCAUUCAGCUCAUGUUAGGGUCAAACGUUUCCUGGGAACUCAUCUUCUUUUCUUUUCUGUAAGGGACAGUCAGAAGGAUUGCCACCUGGCUCUGCCUUACUACAGGAUGUCAGGUCUGCCAGUCACAGAGGUCAUCGCCAGGAACCGCCCACUUCCCAGCAGCCCUCACUCGUACGGCACGGGCUUCCUGUUUUACCUGAAGCAUUACCUGUUGGAGGAGUCAGAGCAGAGCCUCAGCAGGGUGAGCUUACAUUUAAAAAAAAUAGACGAAAACUCAAAGAAACAAAAGAAAAAGACAAACCAGAAAUUUGUUUUUUUUUAACAGGAAGCUGCUGAUGAGGUCAUAGACAUUUUUAGCCAAUCAGAGCCCUCACAGCUCGUCAGUGUGUGUGCCAGCCCGCCCAUGACAAACAUCAGUCCUGCCAGGACGUUGAGAAUCCUACAGAACCUGGAGGACACAGCCGGGGUGUCGGUUCCACUAACAAUCACCAUGGCAACCAUGAUGCUGCAAAUGGGCGACCUGCAACAGUACACACAGCUGAUGGAAAGACACGCAGAGGUGAAGUAUCACAAUCACUACCUAAAAAAAAACACACACAGUUCAUGGGCUUGUGAGGUAAAGAUGGGGACAUCAGUAAAUCCAUAAAUCUGUGUGUGUUCAGAUGCUGCUGGUUUACGGGUUCAUUGAAGAACCGAGGUUGUUGGUGCACGGCGGAGUCGGGGGCCAACACACACUCAUCCGACCAACAGCGCUGACUCGCCAGUUAGCGAAGUCUCAUCCUGGGCUGAUGGUGGCUGCUAUGGUGGCUUUACAUGAAAACAACAAAGUCCAGCUGGAACAGGCGGAUCGCAUAUUUAAGGUCUGUAUGUCUUUGAUUGAAGAGGUUAUUUUGAUAUAAAUCUUAAACAGCAUAUGUUCAUAAAAAAGAGUAAUAAUUACGCAUGUGUGUGCGUGUUUAGGAGCUGGGCUGCGAGAACUGCUUACAGGUGGAUUUCUGGGAGGCCAUGCUCAUGGCUUCUUCACAGGAGGCCGUAAUCCAGGAGCUUCUGUUCAGACUGGCAUCGGUGUAUAUCGACCGACUGACGAAUACACAAUCAGAUUCACAUCCUGACCAAUCAUACACACUCCUGAAACGCAGAUCGCUGAAGAGUGCUGAUGAUCUGGUACAGUAGAGUACAGUAUUGAAAUGACUCUAAAACUCAUUUACUGAGUUUCUACCAUAAACUAAAAAGCUUGCUUGUGUGUCUCAGAUUAAUUCUUGCUCCCACUUUGGCGCUCUGCACCCCUGGCUCACCGUUCUCAGUCCAGUUCACACUACCAGCUACCAACACCAGGAGGCGCUACAUAAACUGCAGGUAAUUCAUGACUUAAGCUUCAAUGCCACUUUUUCAUCAACCCUUUAUUCCUGAAGUUUAAACUCCUCCUGUAUCUCUUUAACGUUUGUGUGCAGUCCCUCCUGUGCGGUCCAUCCCUCUCUGUGGACUCUGUCUUCCCUCUGCUGGAGCGUCUGUCAGAGGACACCCUGUGGGGCUUCAGCCUGCACCUCCUCUGCGCGACCAGAAGAGGGCAGUAUGGAAACAGCAUUGAGAAGCUGCUGGACAGAUGUCCUCAGGCCAUUAUAGCGUACGCCAAUCACCAGUUACAAGACAAGAAUAUGGUACGUACUGAGCUGAGCUUGGACUGAUGACUGUGUGCUGUAUUUUCUUUUCAAACACACAUUUACACAAACCUAGUAACACUCUGAUUUCCUUAAUUCACGCCUGUAGGUAUUAUGGUGGCAGAAACUGCUCCCAGAGCUUUGUAACAGGACAAGAGUUUCUGCAGACAACGCCAUCUUACUGGCUGCUCUCAAAGGUAAGAUAAAAACUAAAUGAUUACUUAUUUCCUACUUCAUUUGCAGACAACUGUGGAACAUAGUCUUUUAACCCAAAUUUUCCAUAAAUAGCAUUAUUAUGAAAUCCUCAGCCAUGGAAAUUAUCCAGGCGCAUUGGAAGUUGGAAGUUUUGGGAGACUGAGAUCAGCUCCAGCCAGCGUCUUCAUUCCUGUUCCUGCUUUUAACAUUUUCUUCUUUUUUUUGUGCCAACAGAGACGCUGGUGGUAGUUUCCAUGGAGACAAGCCCUGCAGAGUUCUUAGAGCUGAUACCUGACGACGGUACCGCCUCCUACUUCCUGCCCCACCUGUUGACCUGUAGCCAGAGGCACCUGCUGGCGUGACACACACAAACGCACACAUAUAGUCCUUAAAAUUAAUGAUUCACUUGACAGCAAGAGUAACCAAACAACAUCAUUUAAUAAAUGAUUUUGCAAUACAAAACACCUGUGCAAAAAUGUUCAGAAAAAUACAAAGACAAGGCCUCUCUUGGUCAAAAGGAUAAGCAUGUAAACCUUCUGUUAUUGUUACACCAGUACUGAAAAAAUACACUUUCAAAUUUGAACUUGACUGAAACAGCACAAGUACAAAAAGUUGGACUUGGCCUGGACUUGAUUAAGAUUCACAGUCUUGUGUCGCAGUGGUAUUAGUACACACAAAUCCUUUACAUGCUGGAGAGUCAAGAUGUCAAGGUAGCUUGAUUUGCUUCAUAGGACCAAAAAGUGAAAAGCUGAGACAGAAAAUAAAAAAUUAAAACUCUAAACGACUUGAUAAGAAAAAAAACCUCUCCGCUGACUUUCUGCUUCUCCUGACAGUGAAGUGUCUUUUUAGUUCUUUGUAAUGAUAUCAGAUAGUUUCUUCGACAUAAAGAGUUUAACAGUGAGCGUGUAUUUAUCGAUACAGUUUAGUUUUUCUAUAUUCUUCAAAUGUCAUCUUUAAAUUGUACCAUUUUCAAACACUGGGAGGGACAGACACAGUCCUGAUAUCUAAACCUCAUUUUUGUUUCUUCACUAAGUAGAAGACAAUAGAACGGUUUCUUCUGUAUGUGCCUAACUUAAAACAAACUAAAACACCUUUUCAGAUGUUUCUUGUAGAAUUUGUAGGUGUAGUUGCUGGGAGUUAACAGAGAGACAAAUUGGAUGAUAGGAGAAAAAAAAAAAUCACCUAUACUGGGCUUUACCCGCUGCACAGCCACAGCCUGAUUGGAUAUCAGAUACUGCUGAUUGGGACCAUGAAGAGCACACAACAGCAGCCAGGGAAUCUCUUAUAACCAUUCAAACCAAUGAUUGUCUUCACUGUCACUGCAGCUGGUUCUGUUUAACUGCGGUUCUGAUCAAACGGUUCUAAGGUACAUAUUGGAUUUUAAACAUAACUGUCAUUAAAGGUUAAACCAAGCCCACUUUGGAUAACCAACAUAUUAGGACAGUCAGUGUCAGGUAUUCAUGGAACAUGUUGAAAUCUUGGAGCAGGAAGUGAUACAAUCUGGACUGGGCUCGUCUUGUCACACAUGUGUAAGACCUAAAUUUUAACAAAUAUCAAGUUCUUUCUGCUACCUACAAAUGCUGCUCUGCAUAUUUUUUCAGAUUCUUCUCUGCACUUAAUUUGUUGACUUUGCUGCCAUUUUUUAAUGUCUGUGAAACAUUGUCGACUCCACUCCUUCCACAUGAAUGCAGUUGCAGUGACUCUGAGUUGACUAAUCAGGCUGGUAUCUUUGUGGAAGCCCGUCUAGUCAGGGGUUAGUGUAGUUAGAUAACCAAAAAAUACCCAGGCUACACUGAACAUUCAAUUGUAUUAGCUUUCAUUUGAUGCAGCUGGAUGGACACUCUAUGGUCUUCUACUUAGAGGGUUUGAAAGGCAAACUUGAGGCGAUAGAAAAAAACACUCCCUUCCUCCUUGUCCUUCAAACCUGAGGGACUCCGAAAAGUUCCUGCUGCGUAACAGUCACGUUGAGGUUGCACAAAAAAACAUUCAGAAGUCAAUUCUGAAAGAAAUGUGUGAGGAGAUUUCUGCACCGGGAUUGUGUUUUAUAUUUUUCAUAUGUAGCCCUUCGGUUUGAGUUACUUUCACAAAGCUGGAACAUGAAUCCAGAAAAGAUAAAUCUCAUUAUGUUUGAGUCAGAUGAUGCUGAUCCAUUUUGUUUGUUUGUAAGUUAAGCCUCAUUCUUGGACUGCUAAAUGCAGCUUUCCAAUCAUACAAGUAAACGCACAGCACAUUUUGAGAGUUAUUGUCCAGAAAACAAGCCGGUCACACCACUGAUGAGAGGCACCGUAUGUUGAGUGUCAGUGUUUCCUUCACAUCCUGCAUGAAACAGUCUCUGAACUGCAGUUGUCGACACAGGAACGUUUCGUCUCUUCUUAAGGACACAGCACGGGUCUGCUACUUUUCACCUUUUAAAAAUGGUCCUUAUAAAAAAAGUUCUUUUGAAUAUAUAUCUUUGUAUUUCAUUCAUUCAUUCAGGACUUAUGUACCGUAUUUACACAGAGGUUAAAAUAAAAGCACAACAUUUUCAAACCAUGGUAGUAAGAACACUUGAUUUAAACAAGAAGGCAUUAAAACGUCACACAGCUGUGUGUACGGGUGUGUAGCUGCGGCAGUGUUUGUUGCAGUGCCAGUUUCUGUCAAAUCUCUAUUAGAGCAGAGUCAAAGAGUCUGAGCGGGUCCCUGGGUGAGAAGCUGGACCCCUCUUUUCGGAGUCCCAAGCAGAGAGUGUGUGUCCCUCUAUGUCCGUCUAUCUACAGAUCUGCUGUGAUGACUGAAUCGUUGUACAUCAGUACGUCAGAAUCAGCAGUGAGCAGUGCUGACGUUUGUGACGGGUGGUCCAGCUGUCCCAUUGCUUUCUGGGAAACUUGUCCGUACAUCUGAACCUGCCCCCCACCGCUCCCCGGCAUGAUGCAGUGUGAGAGCAGCGGCGUGUUGGCGUCGUGGUUGGAACCAGAGGUCGAGGGCCCGCCGCUGACGUGCCCUGUGCUGGUGGAGCCGCUGGCGCUGCUGGGUGAGCGGCUUUUAGGAGGGGGGAGGUGGUGUUGGAUGACCCUGGUGGGAGGGACAGGUGCCGUGAAGUGGGCAGGGAAGGCUGCGUAUCCUGGUGGGAUGGGGUAUCCGUUGACGGGGAUGAAGCGUUGGUGUGUUUGUGGUACAGCCAUGGGUGUCCAGGCUGGAAUGGGACCCAUCUGGCCUGGUGAGGGGAUAGCCUGGGCGGGGUAGAGGUACCCAGCAGCUGCAGCGGCAGCAGCGUAGCGAGGGUUGCUGAGGUUGCUGACAGGGCUGGCACUGAGAGAGGUGGUCUGGGUGGUGGCGUUACCUCCACCACCGGAGGGCGUGCUGGAGCUGGCAUGAGACGACAUCCCUUCCCAGGCUCGCAGGCGGGCGUGGAUGUCCUUGAAGCGAGGUCUACGUGCUGGUCCUUCCUGCCAGCACUCAGUCAUCAAACCAUAGAACCUGAAAGACAACAACAACAGGAUUUAACCGAUAUAUUUCAAACAGGAUUGAUUCCUCUACUUUGAUGAAGGCGAUGUUUAAUUGUGAACCUGCACUUACCUUGGUGGACAAUCCUCAGGACAGGGCAGCAGCUGCCUCUUUCUCACCAUCUCCAUCACCUCCUGGUUGGAGAAGCCGUAAUAAGGCUGCAGACCGUAGCUGAAGAUCUCCCACAGCACGACUCCAAACGACCAAAUAUCGGAGUCUGUGGUGAAUUUGCCGUAGGUGAUGGCCUCAGGGGGCAUCCAGCGGAUGGGCAGCAGGGUUUUGGGCUGAAGGCAGUAAUAGUCUGAGGAGUAGAUCUCUCUGGAGAGACCCAGGUCAGAGAUCUUUACGUGGAGCUGUUCACCAACGAGGAUGUUUCGAGCUGCAAGGUCUUUGUGGAUGUAAGAGUGGCUGGCCAGGUACUCCAUCCCAGCGCUCACCUGAGAUUAAUGAGACAAGAAGAAGAGACGUUAAAAGAUUUGGAGUUUAAACUGUAAGAAAACCUAAACACCCAUUCCUAUUUUCAAAGCUAAAAUCAGCUCAAAUUCACUCAGACUUUUCAUAACUAUGUGUAGCCCAAAGAGUUUGAAACAACUGAAGAAUUAGACAACGCUGACUGGAAAUAAAAAUAGAAAGCAAACGACGAAUCAUCAAAUUGAGAAGGAAAUAUAAACAUUAAUCUAAAAUUAAUGAAUCAAUAAAAAACAGAAAUGGAAAGUUACACAAAUUUAAAUCACUAACUUCCUAACACUACACACUGACUAUCAAGCACAUAAGACAAUAAUAAAGUGGCGGGUUUGGGUUUUAAUUGACAAGACAAAGUCCAGUUUCAUAACAAGAUUUCAGAGUUCAAGUGUUUGAUAUCCACCUGUAAAGACAUGUGCAGGAAGUCUCCGUGGUCCAGGCUGGAUUUGACCGUCCCGUCUUCAUCACUGCUGCAGCCGACAUCAGAGUGAGGAGAGCGCAUGAUGAGGAACUCGUGGAGGUCGCCCUGAGGCAGAAACUCAAACAGCAUACAGACGGGCUGCUCCUGAGUCACCACACCCAGCAGACACACCACGUUAGGGUGCUGCAGCUCCGUCAGCACUGCUGCCUCCUGUGACGGAGACAGAAAGGGAAGAUAUUAAGAUGUUGACAAAAUGUGCACAGGACUUUUUCUGGUAAAGACUUUUUCAUG